GUUUAUAUUUAUUAAUAAAAUUAAUUUUAAAACUAUAGGCACUGCUAUAGGCAAUUAGCAAUGCACGAGUCCAUUGCAAGUGGUCUAACCAGUGGUCUAACCAGUGGUCUAACGUUAGAUGUCAAUUGACAGUUUUUUAACCUCAAAGUUUUGUUAUUCCAACGUUUUGAUAUUUGUGAUUGUUAUUAACUCGCGAAAAUGUCUUUGGCCGACGAAUUAUUGGCUGAUUUGGAAGAAAAUGAUCAAGAUGAUUUGGAAGAGGCGAUGGAAGUUGAUGAAAAGCCGGAUAUCAAAGAAGAAAAACCCGAUGUUAAGGAUAUUCAGUUGGAAGUAGACACAACACAAAUAACUUCAGUUCGAGAAUUGUGUAAAUUACGGGACUCGCCUGAUUUACACGAGAUAUUGAAGCAGAUCGAGGAGCAUGUAAAGAAAAAUCGAAAAUUUCACGACAUUAUAGGACCAGUAGAAUUGGAUCCUGAGUAUCAACUAAUCGUUGAAGCUAAUAACAUAGCUGCAGAUAUAGACGCGGAAAUUGCCACCGUUCACAAAUUUGUGCGCGACAAGUACCAAAAGAGGUUCCCUGAAUUGGAUUCCCUUGUUGUUGGUCCAUUGGAAUACCUUAAGACCGUCAAAGAGCUUGGUAAUGACUUAGACCAAGCUAAAAACAAUGAAACUUUGCAACAAUUCCUGACCCAAGCAACUAUUAUGGUUGUGUCAGUCACCGCAUCCACAACACAAGGAAUUAUGCUAUCAGACUUUGAGAAAAAACAAAUCGACGAAGCUUGCGACAUGGCUAUAGACUUGAACAACUUCAAACUGAAAAUUUACGAAUAUGUUGAAAGCCGCAUGGCUUUUAUCGCUCCCAAUUUAUCAGCAAUUCUGGGGGCUUCGAUCGCUGCUAAACUCAUGGGUGUUGCCGGUGGCUUGACUCGACUAUCCAAAAUUCCGGCUUGUAACGUGCAGUUGUUGGGCCAACAGAAAAAGGCGCUGUCGGGAUUUUCACAAGUGAAUAUGUUGCCUCACACUGGCUUCAUUUAUUAUGCAGACAUCGUGCAACAUACUCCACCAGAUUUGAGGAGGAAAGCUGCAAGACUGGUUGCUACCAAGUGCACGCUAGCGGCACGUGUGGAUUCAUGUCAUGAGAGUAAAGAUGGACGUAUUGGACGGCAAUUACGUGACGAAAUUGAGCGAAAAUUGGACAAGUUGUUGGAACCACCUCCUGUUAAGUUUAUCAAACCUUUACCGAAGCCUAUUGACCAAUCAAAGAAGAAAAGGGGUGGGAAGAGGGUCAGGAAAAUGAAAGAGAGAUAUGCUAUGACCGAGUUUAGGAAACAUGCCAAUAGGAUGAAUUUCGCUGAUAUUGAAGAUGAUGCGUAUCAGGAGGACCUUGGGUAUACCAGGGGAACCAUCGGCAAAGCAGGAACCGGCCGUAUCAGACUACCCCAAGUUGACGAAAAAACUAAAGUCAGAAUAUCAAAAACCCUCCAAAAGAAUCUACAAAAACAGAACGUUUGGGGCGGAAGCACUACUGUCAAAAAACAGAUUUCCGGUACGGCUUCAAGUGUCGCUUUCACGCCACUCCAAGGACUCGAAAUUGUGAAUCCACAAGCGGCUGAAGUGAAAGUCAACGAUUCGAGCGCGAAAUAUUUCUCAAAUACGUCUGGGUUUUUCAAAGUAGAAAAAAGUUAAUUGUAUUAUAAUUUUAUUUAAGUAAAAAGACACAUUUAAUCAC